AUGGCACCAUCGAAGAGACCGCAAGAGGAUCCAUCAGUGUCUUCAUCAUCCACUAAGAAGCUAAAUACGAAUUUCACCAAGGAAGACAUUGAACAUUUUUUCAAUGGUCAAAUUUGGAAGUCGGACUUUCAAAAUGAAAUUCAAAAGCAAGUAAAGGAAAGCUCACCAUAUAAAUGGGGAACGAUCAAAAAUCUUAUGGAUGACAAUCUAUUGCGUCAGGUUAGAAAAGAAGUGUUGUCUGAAAUCGCAUUCACUAAGAAGGAGACAGAUAUUUACAAGGUUUAUCAACUGGGAGAUCUUGCAAAUUUAUCAGGUUUGGAUUGGAACGAUUUGUCAAGAUUACCCUCUUUGUACAAGUUGCGGGCUGCCAUAUAUUCUCAAGAGUUUAGGGACGUGGUUUCGAAAAUUACAGGAUGUGGUAAAUUAAGUGGAGUCAAGACGGAUAUGUCCAUCAACACUUACACCAAAGGUUGUCAUUUGUUAACCCACGACGAUGUGAUUGGAAGUAGAAGGGUUAGCUUUAUCCUAUAUAUGCCAGACCCCGACAAAGUGUGGAAACACCAAUAUGGAGGAGCUUUAAGAUUAUUUCCUUCGGUUGUUCCCAAUGUUCCACAUACUGAUUACGAGUGCAAGUUGAUUCCUCAAUUCAACCAAAUAGCAUUUUUUACAGUCCAACCGGGCUUAAGUUUCCAUGACGUUGAAGAGGUUCGUGAGGCUAAACACAGAUUAUCAAUUCAAGGAUGGUUUCACAUCCCUCAACCUGGAGAAGAUGGCUUUGUUGAGGGUGAGCAGGAAAAGACCGAGGCAUUGUCCACUUUACAACAACUCCAAUGUAAGGAAUUGCAAGAAUUUGACUUCCCCAAGGGUAUCAGAAACGAGAUCAGCCCCCUCGAAUUGAAGACUAUUCAAUCAUGUGAGCAACUUAGCAAACAAGACAUUGAAUACUUGAAAAAAUUCCUUAAUCCGACUUAUCUCAACCCGACACACAUUCAAAAGUUGAGCAAUUUUUUCAGUAACGAGUCGCUUGUUGAGUUAAAAGACUUUUUCAAUGAAGAGUAUGCUUCCUCAUUAAAAGACUUGCUCAGAAAUGUCGAAAUUAAUACCGAAACACCUAAAAAUUCUUCAGAGGUACGGCACCCGUGGAAAAUUGCUGUGCCACCACACAAGCAACGGUUCAUAUACAUUGAUGGAACAUCUCAUCACGGGUUGUCCAAAGAAGAAAUUAAAUAUAUCAACGAAGUUGGACCUCAAGAACAACCCAAUUUCACCCUCCUUAAUAAAUCAAGUGGCCUCAGCGCAGCAGACUCCAAGCUUAUUCAAAUCUGUGAAUUUCUAAAAUCAGUGGCUUUCAAAAGAUGGCUAAAAAUCAUUACUGAUUUAGUCCCCGCAAAUGAACAAAUUUUAGCGCGUAGGUUCAGACCAGGACAAGAUUUUAUCUUGGCAACUACUACAGAUUCAGAUGCUGGUAGAAAUGAUUACGAAGAGGGUGUGCUACUUGAGGCUACUUUAAACCUUACUCCCACGGCAGCAAGCGGUAAAAAGACAAACAGCUGGGAAUCGGGUGAGUUCGGCGGCUACGAGCUAUGCAUGGCUCAAACAGCCAAAGACGGUGACGAGGAAGACGAUCCAGCCAUUUAUCGUUCGAGCAAGGAAUCUGAAGAGGAUAGCGUACUAUACACAAGUCAAUGUAAGUGGAAUACGCUAACAUUAAUGGUGCGGGAUGCAUCGAUAUUAAAAUUUGUAAAGUACGUCAGUAUCAAUGCAAAAGGAUCUAGAUGGGACGUCAGUUGUCAAUGGAAUGUCAAAGCUGAAAGCGAAGAGGGAUUUGAAAAAUAG